AUGAGUGGCGGUUGGAACACGAUCGAGUCAGACGCAGGUGUCUUUACCUUCUUGCUCGAUAAUCUCGGCGUCAAAGGCGUGCAAUGCGAGGAGCUCCUGACGCUCGAUCCUGAUGCUCUCGCGCAGCUCUAUCCCGUAUAUGGCGUCAUCUUUCUCUUCAAGUUCCCGACCGAUGCUCCCUACCAUGCAGGCGACAAACCACACGACGGUACCUUUGACCAAGAUGCAGCCGAGCGGCUCUUCUUCGCCGCGCAAACAAUCCAAAACGCCUGCGGUACACAAGCUCUGCUAAGCGUGCUACUCAACAAAACGGGCGACGACGAGGCGACCAGCUCUGACAAGCAGGCUACCACAAUCGACAUCGGCCCAGUGCUGAGCGACUUCCGCGAAUUCACCAUGGCGUUGCCGCCGGAGUACCGCGGCGAGGCGUUGUCCAACUCUGAGCUGAUCCGCAGCGUGCACAACAGCUUCGCGCGCAGCAGCCCUUUCGUCGACGAGACUGGUCCGCGGCCGGACGAAGCUGACCCUGAUGCCUUCCACUUCGUCGCCUACACACCAAUCAACGGCGUUCUGUACGAGCUUGAUGGCCUGCAGCCGGCACCCAUCAGCCACGGGCCCUGCACGCAGGAGAGCUUCCCCACGAAGGUGAUGGAGGUGCUACAGCGGCGCAUCGCACGCUACAGCGCGACCGAGAUUCGCUUCAAUCUGCUGGCACUGGUGCGCGACCUGCGCGAGCGCGCCCGCGAGAUCGGCGAUUUCGAGAUGCUGGAGCGCGAGGAGCGGAAGCGCCGCGACUGGCAGUUUGAGAACGCGCUGCGGCGGCAUAACUUUGUGGGGUUCGCUGGUGAGGUGCUCAAGGGUGUGGUCGCGACCAAGUUGAAGCAGGAGGGCGCGUACGAGAAGUGGAUCGAACAAGGUAAAGAGAGAAUGAGGAGGAGGAUAGAAGAACGGAAGAAGGCAGGCGGGGGCGGCGGAGAGGAUGUUGAGAUGGCGGGGUAG